UGACUAUCCAGAGCCGGGGCUUCGCACCUUCUCCCUCCUAACUGCCCAUUCUGCCCUGGUCGCUGCCCCGGGUUAUUCGAGAGGGGAGCUACGGAGCCGAGCGGGGAGCCCCCGAUAACUUCAUUUAUUUUUGUUCGCUGCUGGAAGUUGUGGAAGGACCAUGACAGACUGUGAGUCAGUUCCCCGGCUCAAGGAGCCAGGUUGUACCAUGUCUCCCCGCAGCUCAACCGAACUAUCCCCUCCAUUUCAGACCAGACCCCCUACUGCUGUGUACAGCAGUCCUCGGGACUUCCUCAUCCAUUUGCCCCGGAAACUGAAGUCCCAGCCUUCACUCUGGAGCAAGACUGACGUGGCACAGUGGCUGAAGUGGGCAGAGAGAGAGUAUUCACUGCAUUUCAUUGAAGAAAACAAGUUCGAAAUGAACGGAAAGGCACUUUGUCUACUCACCAAGGAUGACUUCCGAUACCGUUCUCCCGGUGCAGGAGAUGUGCUAUAUGAAAUACUGCAGCGGUUUAAUCACAGCAGGAGCUUUGCACAGAGGAAUCCCUUCAUGACCCCACCUGCAGGACAGGCGAUGCGUACCCCUCGUGCAUCUGCAUCUCUACACAGCAUCUUUGAAGAUAUCCAAGAACUUACGCCAAUGAUCCCAUCAUCCAGAUAUGUAUCCAGCAGCCCCACUGUAUUCCACUGUCCCUCCUCAUCCGUUCAUUCUCCAGUUGGGAUCUGUUGGGACGAAAGAGAAAAGAAUAACACUGUGCCAAGUCAGAGGUUCCAGUUCCACACAGACUGGAGAGUGCCUCGAAUAGUGAGCGCUGUGGCGAGUAGCAGCCCCCUGGCCACCACGUACGCACCGAUGCAGGUCUCCCCCAACAAGCUGAGCAACACCGCCCCGGGCAGAAGCAACCACUGGGAAGAACCACUAAACCUCUCAAGCAGGUCAGAGGUCACGAGGAACUCCGCGGCUCGUUCGUUACCUCCCGCGCCGCAAGCCCCCGCCAACGGGAGGAUCGCAGACUGCAGGCUACUCUGGGAUUAUGUUUAUCAGCUACUGUCCGACGAUCGAUACCAAAAGUACAUCAGGUGGGAAGAUAAGGAAUCCAGGAUUUUUCGGGUGGUGGAUCCCAAUGGACUGGCAAGUCUCUGGGGGAAUCACAAGAAUCGAGCAAACAUGACCUACGAGAAGAUGUCAAGAGCUUUGCGCCACUACUACAAACUCAACAUCAUCAAGAAGGAACCUGGCCAGAAGCUGCUGUUCAGGUUCCUGAAGUCUCCAGAGGAAAUCAUCCAUAAACCCGACAGGUUGGAGCAACUGGAGAUGCAGGAGCAGGAUGGAAUAGACUUCAAAGAGGACACAUUUGAACUGUCACCAUGACAAUGAAACGUGGGCGACUCUUUGCAGAACCCGGGACACAAGACCAGUUCCCACCCCCGCUGAUUGAAAUCUCUUAAUCAUGGCCACACCAGCUCAAAACAAACUUUUUUUCUCUCCAAUGGUACUAAUGUGAAGUUUUCCCUGCAUUGAGGGAUUGUGAUUUUUUUUUGUAAAUAUUAGCACUACAUCAGUCUAUGCACUGGCAUAAUAUAAAUUAAAUUGAGAAAUUUGCUGUAACAUUUCUGAAAGGGAAAUGGCAAAUAAAAUGUUAAUACU